AUGAAGCUAUCUUGUGUCGCCGCGUUAGGCCUCGUGGCCGUUCCGGAAGCGCUGGCAUGGGGAGGUUUCGGGCACAUCACUAUCGCCUACCUUGCCAGUAACUUUGUCCAGCCGCAGACGGCAACCUACUUCCAAACCCUCCUCCGAAACGACACCGCCGACUACCUCGCCAACGUGGCUACGUGGGCCGACUCCAUCCGAUACACGAAAUGGGGCCAUUAUACGGGCGUGUUCCACUUCAUCGACGCCAAGGACCAGCCGCCCUACAACUGCUCUGUCGAACUCGACCGCGACUGCAAGGAUGAGGGGUGCGUGGUGACUGCGAUCCAGAACUAUACCACUCAAAUCCUCGACCCUUCUAUCCCAGUGUGGCUCCGCGCGCAGGCCGCCAAGUUCGUGGUGCACUUUGUUGGAGACAUCCACCAGCCCCUGCACGACGAAGAUGUGUCCCGGGGCGGGAACGGCAUUCAUGUGCUCUGGGAGGGGCGUGAGCUCAAUCUCCACCAUGUCUGGGACAGCUCGAUCGCGGAGAAAUGGGUUGGCGGCAUCAGGAGGAAGCCAUAUCAUGAGGCCCAGGAGUGGGCGGAUGAGCUCACUGGCAAGAUCAAGGACGGGGACUUCAAGAGCCAGAGUAAGACGUGGCUGGAUGGUGUGGAUUUUGCUGAUCCUAUCAACACCGCUCUGGGCUGGGCGAGGGAAGGCAAUGCUUAUGUCUGUUCUCAUGUGCUUCCUGAGGGACCAGCAGCCAUCGUGGGGCAGGAACUAGGUGGGGAGUACUAUGAGAAGGCUGCGCCGGUGAUCGAGUUACAGGUCGCCCGUUCGGGAUUCCGGCUGGCGGCCUGGCUCGAUUUGAUCGUGGCGGCCCUCAAAGUCGAGACCGAGUUAUGA